AUGGCUUGUGUUAUCAAACCCUUUUGCCGGGAAAAAGCAAGAGCUGAUGAAUUUUUGAUCACAGCAUCUGUUUCAUUACUGACUAUUGAUUUACGCAAGAAAAAGUGGUAUCCACACAAGCUUGCAGUUUUUUGGAAAAAGAGGAAAGCCAAAUACAGUACAAAGCCGGUAGCUUGGUUUGGAGGUAUUGAAAAUGGUGAUCGUGGUGUUCAUUUUUGGCCUGAACCUGAUCCAGUGGAUAGCAAACUGACUCUCCUCAAGAACCCACAGGACGAAAUGACAGAAUAUCAAGAGAAACAGUGGAAUAUUCUUAUCUGUAAUGUGUCUCGCAAUGGUCGACACCAGCUUCUUGCUACUGGCUGUAUUGAUAUAAGCAAUUACAUUACAGAGAGGCCUGGAAAAGUGGACGUGACUGUCACCCUGAAGCCAGCAAUCAAAAAAGUUCUCUCUGGUAAAAUAGAAUUUGAAUUAUCAUGGGCUAUGCAUGAAGAUGAUCUCUCUCAUCCCACAGAUCAAGAGAUAUGGGAAGAAAUUAUGAAGGAAGCCCAGGAAGAACAAGCAAGAAGAAAAGCUGAGGGAAAGAUGGCAAAGCAUAAAUCUUCAAGGAAAGGAAGAAAAAGCAAACCUGGUGGCUCAAGUGGUACAGACAUUGCUACUGAGGAACACAAGAGAAAAGCGAAAAAUGGCAAACCUGGUGGUUCAUGUGGUACAGACAUUGUUGCUGAGGAAAACAAAAUGAAAGUUAAAAACAGCAAACAUGGCUGUUUAAGUGGUGCUGACAUUGCUGCUGAAGAAGACAAAAGGAAAGCAAAAACAGGGAAAGGUGGUGGCUGAAGUGGUACAGACAU